AUGAAUGACAUUCCGAUUCUCGAACUCGAACAACAAACAGAAGUCGAUGAUUAUUCAAAGAAAUCUCUACUGCAAGGCUAUGAACUAGUUAUGGAUCUGAAUAUUCAAGAUCAAGCCUGGAGAAUUGAAAUAUCAUCAUUUCCAAAACUUACUGAAAUUGGAGCUUGGAGAAAGUUGAGAAAGGAUGAACAAGACCUUGUUGUUGGAAAUGAUAAACUUUAUGGUGGUUUUUACAGUACGAGCGACAUUUCCUUUCUAGUCGAGUAUUGUCACUCGAAAGGUAUUUUAAUUGUCCCAGAAAUUGAGCUACCUGGACACUCUUCUGCUGCUGUCAUUGCUUACCCAGAAUGGUUGACCUGUGAAGAUUCAGAAAGUGGUGUCAAAAUAUUUACUCCUGAAAUGACUCCACCCAAUGAAUGGGGAAUAUUUAAUGAUGUGUAUUGUGCAGGAAAAGAAAGCACUUUUCAAUUUUUAGAAACCGUUCUUGACCAAGUCAUUCAACUCUUUCCACAUUCUCCCAUCAUUCACAUUGGUGGAGAUGAGGUUCCAGAGUCGGCCUCUUGGAUGCAUUGCUCCAAAUGCCAACAACUUGCCAAACGCAACGAAGAAUAUUCAUGUAAGAUUGAAGAAAUAUCACUCUUCAAACAGCAACAACUCUACUCUUAUUUCAUUCAUAGAAUUUAUACAUUUUUACAAUCGAAGGGAAAAUGUAUGGUUGGUUGGGAUGAGGUGUUCAUGUCAAACUCUACUGGAAGAAAGGACAACAUGUCAUCCAAAGACAACUUAAUCAUCCAGUCAUGGAGAGGUACAGAAGGAGCACAACGAGCGAUUCAGAAUCAAAUUCAUACCAUACUUUCUCCAACGAGUCAUUGCUAUUUCGAUUAUGGAAUUGAGAUCAUCCCUUUGAAGAAAGUACUAUCGUUUAAUCCUUUCAAAUUGUGUGAAUUGGAUAUGAAGCAUGUGGAUGAAACAACUGCAGCUUUUAUUCUUGGAGGUGAAUGUAAUUGUUGGACGGAGAGAAUGCAAACCAAAGAAAAACUGCAACAAAUGAUCUUUCCACGAGUGUUGGCCAUGAGUGAGGCAUUAUGGUGUGAGGCAUCAUGGAUGAAGCAGGAGGACAUCUCUAAGGAUGGUCAUUAUUAUGUAUUUUUAGAUCGAUGUCAACGACAUUAUGGAACUAUUUUGAAACAUCUCCGAAUUGGAAAGGAAUGUUAUCCAUUGGAAUGUUUCGUAGAUGAAAAGAAUCAGGAUGUGAUACAUCUGGUAAAGGUGGAUGAUCAAGACGAAAAGCAAGAAAUUUAUUUCUUUAUUCCUGGAAUAACAAACGAAUAUGUGAAAUAUGAGAAUAUUUCUCCACAAUCAAUAUUGCAUUCACACGCGAAUCGUGGGGAAGUGCAACUUUACACCCAAGUCAUUCGAAACUCUCUCAUCUAUGGUAUGAAACAAGUAUUUCAUCUGGUUUUUCAUAAUGCCUUAUUUUGUCAAGUGAGGGCCAUCAUUGAGCUCAAUGAUAAUGGAUCGAGAUGUGACUAUGACUCGUAUGUGCUUGAAACAACAAACAAAAACAGAUAUUCUGGGGAUACAAUGCUUGGAUUGAGAACUCUUGUGAAUGGUGUCAGAGGAGAUCCUUUGUGCUUUCAUUCCAAAGAAUGGAUUGGUUUUGAAGGAACUCCACGUGUUGAAAUCAUCUGCAGCAAAUGGCGCACUGAACUCUCUUCCUUGUCACGCCUUUCCAUUGGAUGCCUUCACAAGCCAAGAUCAUGGAUUUUUAUGCCUAAGAAAAUCUCUUUUUAUUAUGAAAGUACGUACGAUCAAGAAACUACAAAUCAAGACUCUGAGAAAUGGAUCUUUCUUGGUGAGAUUUCUUGUUGGGAUCCAUCAUUCAUACAGGAACACUUGCAAGUCACACCUGAAAUGUUGCGUGAUGAGGAACAAACGUUUCGAUUUGACUUUGUUCUUUCCAACAUUCAUCCAACUAGUUGCUCUGAAUGCUUGACUCGUCGUUCUGGUGGUAAUAACAUUCAUUCCAUUAAGGUGGUCGUUGAGUCAUACCAUCAUGCCACCACUCCAACGUGGCAUCAUUCUCAAGGUGGAAAACCAAGUUGGUUCUUCCUCGAUCAGAUCAUUGUGAAUUCAUGA